ACAAGGUAUCACAAAGUAUCACAAGGUAUCACAAGGUAUCACAAAGUAUCACAGAGUAUCACAAAGUAUCACAAGGUAUCACAAAGUAUCACAAAGUAUCACAAAGUAUCACAAGGUAUCACAAAGUAUCACAGAGUAUCACAAAGUAUCACAAGGUAUCACAAAGUAUCACAGAGUAUCACAAAGUAUCACAAGGUAUCACAAAGUAUCACAAAGUAUCACAAAGUAUCACAAGGUAUCACAAAGUAUCACAAAGUAUCACAGAGUAUCACAAAGUAUCACAAAGUAUCACAAGGUAUCACAAAGUAUCACAAGGUAUCACAAAGUAUCACAAAGUAUCACAGAGUAUCACAAAGUAUCACAAGGUAUCACAAGGUAUCACAAAGUAUCACAAAGUAUCACAAGGUAUCACAGAGUAUCACAAAGUAUCACAAGAAAUCACGGAGUAUCAAAAGGUAUCACAAGGUAUCACAGAGUAUCACAAGGUAUCACAAAGUAUCACAGAGUAUCACAAGGUAUCACAGAGUAUCACAAGGUAUCACAAGGUAUCACAGAGUAUCACAAGGUAUCACAAGGUAUCACAAGGUAUCACAAAGUAUCACAAGGUAUCACAAAGUAUCACAAAGCAUCACAAAGUAUCACAAAGUAUCACAAGGUAUCACAAGGUAUCACAAAGUAUCACAAAGUAUCACAAGGUAUCACAAAGUAUCACAAGGUAUCACAAGGCAUCACAAGGUAUCACAAGGCAUCACAAAGUAUUACAAGGUAUCACAAGGUAUCACAAAGUAUCACAAAGUAUCACAAGGUAUCACAAAGUAUCACAAGGUAUCACAAGGUAUCACAAGGUAUCACAAGGCAUCACAAGGUAUCACAAAGGGAACUCACCUUUACCGUAGCGCUUUUAUCUCACGGGAAAAACAUUACAUUCACUAACAUUGCACUCUUUUGA